CCGCCUCCCGCACUGUCGACGCAGCCCCGGCUGGCGGGGGAAAGGACAGAGGGCUGCGGGGGCGGGCGGGCUCCAGGGAACAUGGCGGCAGCGGACCUCGCCCAGAUCCCCGAUGUGGAUAUCGACCCCGACGGUGUCUUCAAGUACGUGCUGAUUCGAGUCCGCGCGGCAGCGCCCUCCGAGGCCCCGGCCGGGGAGAGCAAGGACAUCGUACGCGGUUACAAGUGGGCCGAGUACCACGCUGCCCAGCGCUGGGGCUUCAGACCCCUCGGCCCGAGGGCAGCCAGAGCUGAGUGCCGCGCUCUCCCCAUCCCAGCGGACAUCUACGACAAGGUAUCUGGCGAGAUGCAGAAGAAGGGCUAUGACUGCGAGUGCCUGGGAGGCGGGCGCAUCUCCCACCAGAGCCAGGACAAGAAGAUCCACGUGUACGGCUACUCCAUGGGCUUUGGGCGCGCCCAGCACUCUGUCUCCACCGAGAAGAUCAAAGCCCAGUACCCUGACUACGAGGUCACCUGGACUGAUGACGGCUACUGAGGGCCCCCGAGGCCUGCUGACUCCAGCCGCCCCUCGGAACUCUGCCCUUGAAGCCCCGCCCGAGGGGCAGGGCCGCACCCCUGGCACCGUGCCACCCUGCCCUGGCUGUGGGGGGGCCAGCAGCCCACCCAGUGCCCGGGUUCACCUCACCCCCUGGAAUUAAAGUGCCGUCACCCCAGCUGG